AUGAAGAAGCAUAUCUUCCUAGCCAUCUCAAAGACGAUCGUCCUCGUUACAUGGGCUCAAGCCGCUCUCCAAGCACCCUUCGAGCUUCAGCGCGAAGAUCACUUUGUGGGAAAUUCGGGCCAUCCUGCAGAAUUUCCUCAUGUUGAUUACACUGCUUUGGAUCCUGAUGACGAUGGGACAAGUCCGCCUCCUGAGGGCAUGGUGCUGUAUCCUCUACACGUCUCGGGCCCUUCGGAAGAUCGUGUCAAUCUCAUGUUCUUUUCUGACGGAUAUACGGAGAAAGAGGAAACAAAAUUUGUGGAUGACGCGGCAAAGCUCAAGGACGACAUUGUUGCGGCCCAUGGAGCUAUGAAGGAUGUGGCCCAUCUCCUCAACGUUUGGGCCACCUUUGUCCCCUCAGAGACGUCGGGUGUAGGGACGCGGGACAAACCUCUCGAAGGCGCGGCAUUUGGUCUUUACAGGCCUGGUGCGGAGCUGAGGGCUGUCUUUGUCGACCGGCCUAGCAGGGCGCGGGCAGCUUGUCGGUGGUACAAGGGCAAGAGAGGCAGAGAAGAUGGAGGAUGUGAUCAGCCGAUACUUCUUGGUAACGAUCCUCUGUAUGGCGGUCUCGGCGGAGAGUUCACUGUGGUGACUGCGUCUCUCCUCAAUGGUCCGGUGGUGCUUCGUCACGAGCUUGGACACAGCCUCAUCGAUGUCGGUGAAGAGUACGAAGGCGGUAACGCAUACUUUGGCAUAAAUUCUGAGAAGCCAGAGAAGCAUGGUAAUGCCAAGUGGAAGGACUUUCUCUCUGAACCGGGGUCCCCAAGGAUUGAGGAUGCCAAGGUGCCACUCCAAGAAUACCCAUGGUAUGACCUCGACAUCUCACCAUGGAGUGUCUCCUUCAACUCGUCAAACUCUGAUCCUGCCCUGAUCGACUACCCAACAGCCCUACUCCGAGCGUCUGUCUCCUCCAUCCCAGACCCUUCCCAUAUAGCCUUCGUCAUCAACGACCAGACACUUGAUCUCACAGAAACAUUCCCACCAGAGUGGCAAGGAUCGCUGGAUCGACGGUGGCUUGAGGUAGACCUUGUACAUGGGCGAGAGCUUGUCAGUGGCGUCAACAGGGUCAACCUAUCAUUGACCAAGAAUGGCAAGAAAGCUCAGGCUGGGAAAGGCGGCAAGAUGAUCACGAGUCUAGAGAUUAUAGAGUAUGGUGGAGAGGGGCGGUUCAAUCACACCGAGGGCGUCAUCGGACUGUUCCCGACUUAUGCCAUGGAUGGACGGGUACGACUGCGUCCCACCAAUGAAGGUUGCCUCAUGAGAAAAGUCAAUCACCCCAGUUUCUGCCCAGUAUGUGCACACUAUCUAGAAAAGAGACUUCGAGAUAUCAUCCUCAAGAAACAAUCGUGA